UUCAUUCUUACGUGCACGUGGUUCCGAACAUUUCUCUCUAAUAAGUCUCUCUCACCAUGUCCGAUGGAUCUAUGUCAAGUCAACCAAUUGAGUUCUCUACCGGCAAAGUAUGAAAGGCCUAACACAACAAUGACUGAAAUUAACAAGACGCUAACGCUUGACUACAUGCUUCAACACGAACCAUUUGAAAUUCUACCCGCGCAAUAUUUUCCAGAUGAGGAGUGCGACCAUUAUCCUCCCAUUUUCGAUUACGGCUUCGCACUUACCGACAAACAGGCCAGCGACUACGCUCGUGAACAAGGCAUAAUACCUGCGGAUGUGGUAGAGCCGUCAUCAGGUCAAUGGAGUGUUAUUUCCUGGCGUAUAUUAUGCGUAUUCAACGACGCCUUGGGACUUCGGAUACCAGGCCAGCAAGUGGAGCUCGUGUUGCCAUGCAUCAACACAAACGUGGUCAUACUCAAGAUUGGAACAAAUUACGAGGUCCCGUUUCCGCCAAAGAAGGCGCGUAAGCUCCUGGAGAUGAUGAAGGAAGCUUUUAAAGUACCUCCGACAUGGUAUCUUAGUCAGGAGAACGGUGGAGAAUUGGAAGCUCACUAUCACCUGGAUCGCAUUUCACCUAAAAUUCAGAGGGGCAUGGAAGUGCUUUCGAACCUGCGAAAGCGCAAGGACGAGGUGCAAUAUAAAUAACAGAUGCGCCCCUCGCAUCUUGGUCUUGUCGUGCUCAUGGCAGCGGCCCUAAUUGCUGUCUAAUGCAUGUAUACUUAAUCGCCCCAACCAAGGCGCGCGACGCGGCAUUUUGAGUUUUCCGAGCUCUGUGACCACCAUGCUACGAACUAAACGUCCUCUUGGAUCCCAUCUCACCUAUAUGCACGAACAAUUCUCUCGAAAUAGCUUCUGUCGCAUAAGACACGCAGUCACAUUUCGAUCACCCAAAAAAACGGCGGUUUUGACCUUGGUUCAUCUAGUCUCUAACGUUUGCGUUUGGAACGACAGUGUACAAGUCUUUUUCUUUAUUUCAUCAGCCUGAGGUUCUGCUAUAACAAACAAAGAAUUUUCGAGCUGGUGAACAAACGCGGUCACGGGACGUAUUAGCCUGUCUGAAAAGGGUUUCUUCAAGCCUUCUUCUCUACCCUCACGACCUCUUUCCUCGAUUUCCUCAAAUAUGUCCAACACAACUGUGGCGACUCUCCAAACUGACGAGAUCUCCAAAAAAACCUCGAAUGAGCCUUUAAAGACGUUGAUUCUAGAUGAAAUCAACGAGCUAUUCUCUAGACACUAACCCUCGACUACAUGAUUAAACACGAACCAUUUUGACAUUCUACCCGCAUAGUAUCAUCCAGAUGAGGAGUGCGAUCAUUAUCCUCCCGUCUUCGACUACAGCAUCGCACUUAUGUCCAAACAAGCCAGCGAAUAUGCUCGUGAACGAGGUAUAUACCUGCAGAAGUGGUAAAACUGUCGUAUACCACGGUUCCACGUACUUUACAUGGAGUCGUUGGUGGAUCUAAACCUCUAGCUCUGAUUCGCCGACCCUCGAAACUCAGUCCGUUACGCCAGCAACAAGUUACAACUGCCUACUAAACUUUCGACACACCCAGCUUAUAUCG